AUGCUGGUGACUCAGGAAAACAUCUCUUUCGUUGUCCUCGGGCUUUUGGCCGCCUACUACUUGGUGCCCUAUCUGCAGCGAUGGCGGCUGCACGACAUCCCCAGCCCGAGCCUUGCCGCGUUUACCAAUUUGUGGCUACUACUGCAGGCCCGACAGGGUAAGCGCUAUUUGGCGGUCGAUGAAAUGCACAAGAAGUAUGGCACUCUAGUGCGAAUUGCGCCUAAGCACGUCUCCGUUGCCGACGAUGCUGCCAUCCAGACCAUCUAUGGUCACGGGAAUGGAUUCCUAAAGUCCGACUUCUACGAUGCUUUUGUCUCUAUCCGCCGGGGUCUAUUCAACACGAGGGAUCGGGUAGAGCACACUCGCAAGCGCAAGACUAUUUCGCAUACAUUUAGCGCAAAGUCUAUUAGCCAAUUCGAGCAGUACAUCCACGCCAAUAUUGAGAUGCUUGUUAAGCAGUGGAAUCAGCUCUCCGAGCCCCUAGCCAACUCUAAGGCUUAUGCUAGUAUUGAUGCGCUCAAUUGGUUUAACUACCUAGCCUUUGACAUUAUUGGCGAUCUAGCCUUCGGUGCUCCCUUCGGCAUGCUCGAGAGGGGCAAGGAUAUUGCUGAGAUGCGCAAGACCCCAACCGACGCACCUAAGUAUGUGGCCGCCGUUCAGGUGUUAAACCGUCGCGGCGAGGUCUCCGCUACCCUAGGUUGUCUAUCGGCUCUGAAGCCCUACGCCAAGUACCUCCCUGAUCGCUUCUUUACGCAGGGCAUCGAGGCAGUUGAGAAUCUAGCUGGCAUUGCUAUCGCCCGAGUCAAUGAGCGUCUCAAGCCUGAGGCUAUCGCGAAUAAUACUCGGGUUGACCUUCUUACCCGCCUAAUGGAGGGCGUUGACGAGCACGGCAAUAAGCUUGGCCGGGAAGAACUUACCGCUGAGGCGCUAACCCAGCUGAUUGCCGGCUCGGACACAACUUCUAAUACCACAUGUGCUAUCCUAUAUUGGUGUCUAUCUACACCCGGGGUAAUUCCUAUGCUACAGAAGGUCCUAGAUGAUGCUAUCCCGAAGGAUAUCGAAGUCCCCACUUAUGCAAUGGUUAAGGAUGUCCCCUACCUCCAAUGGGUCAUUUGGGAAACCAUGCGGAUCCAUAGCACCUCUGCUCUAGGCCUUCCGCGCGAGAUUCCUAGCGGUGCUGGCCCUAUCGAUAUUGCCGGCCAUACCUUUAUGCCCGGUGACGUCCUCUCUGUCCCUAGCUACACUAUUCACCGCUCUAAGGAAAUCUGGGGGCCAGAUGCCGAGAGAUUCGUCCCGGAGCGCUGGGAAAACGUUACCGCACGCCAGAAGGCCGCGUUCAUUCCUUUUAGCCACGGCCCGCGCGCUUGUGUCGGCCGUAAUGUCGCCGAGAUGGAGCUGCUCGUCAUAGGCGCUACUAUAUUCCGUCUCUUCGACUUCCGGAUGGAGCAGGAUGGUCCCAUGGAGACCCGCGAGGGAUUCCUGCGCAAGCCGCUUGGUCUACAGGUUGGUCUGCGUCGCCGAACCCCUGCAUAA